AUGCCGCUUUUCAAGGGCACCAUUCCGCAGGACAGCUGGGCCGAUAUCAGGAGCGUGGGUUCCAAGGGCCUUGAGCAUGCGCUGAAGCUCCUCACCACAUCGUCCUGGGGCGACCCAAAGGUCGAGGAGGGGCUUACGACGACGACUACCAAGGUCGAGGGCAGCAAGAUGGUGGCUCUCAAGGCCGAGCUCGAGAUUCCCUACCCCAUCCAGAGCUGCAUCGCGUGCCUCUACGGGAACAUCGAUGUCGAUGAGAGUUCACCGGCCGAGGCUCGUGAGAAGUACCCGUUUCGCAAGGCACACUGGUCCUCGAAGGAGGAUGAGGCUCACUCCCAGAAGAUCCACGACUACAUCGACCCAAAGACGUACGACAGCGUUGAAGGCGGCGAGCCGAAGUACGACCUCACUGCCCUGGUCCAUUACGUUGUUGCCUCGCCGUCCUCGAUUGUCGCUCCACGCGAGUUCAUCACCGUGCGGGUUUGCCGCGAAGUCGAGAAGGUCGAUGGCAGACGUCGUCUCUGCGUCGCGAACACUUCGUGGCAGCCAGCGAAUCUAGCAGAGAUCAUCCCCGAAGCCACAAAGGCUGAGAAGUGGGUCCGCGCCAUUGUGCAUGCCCAGCUCUUUGUCUUCGAGGAGACAGCGCCCGGGAGUGGCAAGACUAAGGCGACGUUCAUGGUCCAUACGGAUCCGUGUGGGAAUGUCCCUGCAAUGAUUGCCAACAAGGUCAUCAUCCAUCAGGCCUCAACGCUUACCAGCAUCAAGACGACUCUAGAGAAGCUCCUUAAGUAG